AACUAUUUCUUUCGUAGUACGACGUACCUGUACUAUCAGCAAGUGAAUACAAAGCAAACAUCCCCGUUGGCAACCUCUUUUCACCUUGACAUAUUUUCUUGACGUCAAUCCGCAACACCACCAACCAAACCACCACAUCUACUCUACCUCUGCAGGACUCUACCUCUGCAGAGACAAGAUGAUCGACCAUCGCAUUUUCGAGGAUCUUCAGACAAAGAUCGAUGAGGAGACUCACGUUCGUGAUGAACUCCAAGAAAUCGUCCAGACGCUCGCGAGACGGGGACGCUCGACGCAAGCUAUCCUCUCUCGCGCUCAUUCUACACCCUCUGGCCAGCUAAAACCCGUCCUCGACAGCGCAACCAAAGAAAUCAUCGCCCAGAAAGCAGAAGUCACCCGUCUCAAGGUCGUGGCUGACCAGCACCCGUUCUACAAGUACAACGGGCUGUGGACGCGGGAGUUGCAGAAUCUUGUGACGGCUAUCGAGCUCUGCGCGUGGUUGGGCGGAUUCCAAGAGUACAAGAGCGCGGACUCGAGCGAGUUUUUGAUGAUUGAAGAGGUUGGAAAGUUCUUGGAUGUCCCCGUGAACUUGAAAGAGGAGGAUGCUUUCCACCUGACUAUCGAGGAGUAUCUGCUUUCUCUCAUUGCCAUGGCUGAGGAAUUGUCUCGUCUGGCUGUCAACUCCGUGACUCUUGGUGACUACACGCGUCCGAUGCAGAUUGGCAGUUUCAUCAAGGAUUUGUUUGCGGGAUUCCAGUUGCUCAAUUUGAAGAAUGAUGUGCUGCGGAAGAGGAGUGAUGGGAUGAAGUACAGCGUCAAAAAGGUUGAGGAUGUUGUCUAUGAUCUUUCGCUGCGCAAUUUGAUUCCCAAGUAGUGCUACGGCUUAAUUCACGGAAAAGUAAAGAUAGAUUAUCGCGAGGUAUCAAUACUAGUUUACAAAAUUAUAAAAGACAACUGAGUUGGGGGACACCAUCAUAAACAUAAAACCAAGCCCCUAAGACAACUUAGCCUGC